CGGCCACGCGAGGGUCUGCUGCGGCAGUGACGGAAGUAGCGAGCAUGCUGGAGGGCGAGGAGGAGGAAGACGCCCGGAACCUUUGAAAAAAACACCGCUCACGUCAUCCGAGGCGAGAUGUCCAACUCCAACAAGAACAAGAAGGACAAAGAGAUCCUCGCCGACUACGAGAGCCAGGUCAAAGAUGUACGUGCCCAGCUGGUGGAGCAGCAGCGCUGUCUGGAGCAGCAGACGGAGAUGCGCGUCCAGCUCCUCCAAGACCUGCAGGACUUCUUCAGGAAGAAGUCCGAAAUCGAGACGGAAUACUCCAGAAACCUGGAGAAGCUGGCUGAGCGGUUCAUGGCCAAGACCCGCAGCACCAAAGACCACCAGCAGUACAAAAAGGACCAGAACCUGCUGUCACCGGUCAACUGCUGGUACCUGCUGCUCAACCAGGUGAGGAGGGAGAGCAAGGACCACGCGACCCUCAGCGACCUCUACUUGAACAACGUCAUCAGUCGCCUCACGCACAUCAGCGAGGACUCGGCACGCCUCCUCAAGAGGAGCAAGGAGAUCAUCUUCCAGCUGCAGGAGGAUCUCAUGAAGCUCCUCAAUGAGCUCUACACGGUGAUGAAGACCUACCACAUGUACCACGUGGAAACCAUCAGUGCGGAAAGCAAGCUGCGGGAAGCAGAGCGUCAGGAAGGGCGGGUGAAGGGCGGUUCUGGCACAGGAGUAGCAGUGGAUCCUGUGUUUGGCCUGCGCAUCGAGGAACGCCACCAGAGACGCAAUGCCGCCCGCAAGAUGGAGAAGAUGCGAGAGAAGAGAAAGGCCAAGUAUUCCGAGAACAAACUGAAGACGCUCAAAGCAAGGAACGAGUACCUGCUGACUCUAGAGGCCACCAACGCUUCCGUGUUCAAGUACUACAUCCACGACCUGCCUGACAUCAUUGACUGCUGUGACCUAGGGUACCACUCCAGUCUGAGCCGGGCUCUGAGGACCUACCUGUCAGCAGAACUGAGCCUGGAGGCCUCCAGGAGGGCUGGUCUGGAGGUGCUUGAGGGCGCUGUGGAGGGUCUUGAUCCCGCUCGAGACCGCCAGCGUCUUUUGGGUCUCUAUCCAACAGCCUUCUGCCCGCCGUCACGCUUCAACUUCCAGGCCCACAUGGGUGACGCGGUGACACAGAUCGCCUCUCAGCCACAGGUCCAGGCGGAGCUUAGCCUCCGCCUCACGCAGCUGCAGACCCGCCUGGCAUCACUGAAAAUAGAGAAUGAAGAGGUGAAGAAGACCUGGGGGGCCACGCUGACCACCCUGCAGGACAUGACAGUCCUGGACGACUACGAUGUCUCCCAGAGUUUCACCCACAGUCCGUCGUCCGAGUCAGUAAAAUCCAGUGUGUCGGACAGUUACCUGAACAAACCCAGUCUGGCCAAGAGACGAGCCAACCAACAGGAGACAGAACUCUUCUACUUCACUAAAUUCCGCGAGUACCUGGAGGGGAGUAACCUGAUCUCCAAGCUCCAAGCCAAACAUGACAUCUUGAAGAAAGCCUUAGCAGAAGGCUACAAAGCAGAGCUGCUCACCACGAGUCGCGGGCGGAAGAACUCGCACAGCAAGCACCAGGAUUCAACCAAAGCCAUACCUCUGCUGGUGGAGAGCUGCGUCCGCUACAUCAACCUGCAUGGUCUUCAGCAUCAAGGCAUUUUCCGGGUGUCCGGUUCUCAGGUAGAGGUCAAUGACAUCAAGAACUCUUUUGAAAGAGGUAACGACCCGCUGAUUGACGAGGAAAGUAACCACGACAUCAACUCGGUGGCUGGCGUCUUGAAGCUUUACUUCCGAGGUCUGGAAAAUCCACUUUUCCCGAGUGACCGGUUCAACGACCUCAUCGCCUGUGUCCGCAUGGACAACCUCUACGAGAGAGCCCAGUGCAUCCAGAAGAUCCUGCUGGGCGUCCCAAGGGCCACACUAGUGGUGAUGCGCUACCUCUUUGCCUUCCUCAACCACUUGUCCAAGUACAGCGACGAGAACAUGAUGGACGCUGGGAACUUGGCCAUCGUGUUCGGCCCCACCCUCCUGCCCACACCCGACGCUCUGGACCAGGUGGCCUGUCAGGCCCACGUCAACGAGGUGGUCAAGACCGUCAUCCUGCACCACGACAGCAUCUUUCCGGACACCAAGGAGCUGCCAGGCCCGGUUUACGAGACCUGUAUGACGGGCGAGCAGUACUGCGAGAGUCCAUUCAGUGAGCCGGGAGCGCUGGAGGAGACCGAGCCGGAUGCCGGCACCGAGACCCAGACCAGCGACGAGGAGGGCGAGGCAGUGGAGGCGGUGGCGAGGUUCGACUACGUCGGUCGCUCGGGUCGGGAGCUGUCAUUCAAGAAGGGGGCGUCGCUGCAGCUCUACCAGCGGGCGUCACAUGACUGGUGGGAGGGGCGCCACAAUGGCAGCCGCGGUCUGGUGCCGCAUCAGUACAUCGUGUUACGUACGGGCGACGCCAUGUCAGACACGCUCAGUCAAAAAGCGGACAGCGAUGGCGGAAGCAGCAGCACAGACGACAAGAGGUCCACCCGAGACCUGUGCUCGCCCACCGACAUUCGACCGCCAGAGUUGUAUAACAGCCACAGGAGGAAGCGAACCGACGGCUUGUUUCGCCGUCCCCUGGGACGCUCCAACGACUGCCAUGGUAACGGGGCGACCAUGGAGAGAAGCUCGCCACCGGUGACGGGUCACUUCAGUCCCAGGGAGCUGCUACUAGGGCGGAGCCAGGGUUUGACUCCGCCCCUCGACAGCCCCGAGCGCCGGCGCCGCUCGGCCGCCGUCACCGUGACGGUGAGCCGCCACGACUCACUGCGGAGGCCGGAGGACACGCCCAUACGACGGUCCAGCAGCGGCCAGCACGGCUUUGCUGACUCCUACCGAACACGAGCGCUGGACCCCAGCACGCUGGCUCAGGACAUCGAGGAGAAGGUGACGGUGGCCUUGGGGGACUUUCGGCACAUGGAGCGACACGGGUGCAGGCCGGCGCCGGACGUGGUUCUGGACACACUGGAGCAGGUGAAGAACGGCCCCGCCGCCCCAUGCUCCUCAGAGUCCCCGAGCCCUCAUAGCACCCCCAGCACGCCGGGGACACCUGGAACCCCUGGCACUCCUGGGACGCCCGGCACCCCGAGCCCCCUCACUCCUCUAAGUCCCAUCAGCCCGCUCCCGGGACCUCCGGCCGGACCACCCAGACCGUCCAACCCUUCCCCCGACACCUUGGGAUCCUUCAAGCCCGUGGCAGCUGCUCGCAUGGGGCUCCCGUUGAGGCCUCCGGCCCUGAGGCCCAAACCCGCAGUGCCACCCAAGAGCAGCACCCCCCCUCUGCCCCCGCCACUCGACAAAUCCUGCACCAUGUGAGCUAACCCAGGCCCACUCAAAAGUCCCAAUCAGGCCAAAAGUGGUCCAGUAGAGGAGAUCAGGGUACUGCUAAAUGUUUGAGGGUAGACUUUAGGACAAGUGAGGGUUUAAAUAUGGUCCUAUCCAAUAUAUGAUAUUAAUAAUAAUAAUAAUAAUAAGUGUGUUGUCAGGUUGCUGUGUUCUCUUCUUCUUCUUGUACAGAAGCAUUUAGCAAAGUGACUGACGUGUGAAAAGAGACCUAAGAUGUUUAGUUUAGUCAUGUGAAUGUUGGACGGUUGCCCUGGCAACCACCGUGACCUGGGCCACGAUGCUAUACUCUUAUUUAUUUUCUACUCAGUUCAGCUGCUAAACUCACUGGCGCCCCCCGGCGGGCGCUCAGGGACUCAUGCGUCCAGCUAAUGAUUGAAUGUUUUAACGACUGUUCAUCUAUUGAAUGUUAGCCGAGCCAACAUGGCCGCUCACCAAACUUAAAGAGACUUUUUUUUUGGAAGAGUCAGCGGAGGGGCUUCAUACAGGGUGCCACGCUUAGAGGGAACUUUUUGGGGCCUGUGUGUGUGUGUGUGUGUGUGUGUGUGUGUGUGUGUGUGUGUGUGUGUGUGUGUGUGUGUGUGUGUGUGUGUGUGUGUGUGUGUGUUCUUGUAUUUCCGCCCUUCUUGAGACAUCAACAAGGAAAAGUAGCUUCCAUAUGAGGACCGGUGAACAAGUGAUGACAUAAAUCAUGCUCCCAAUACGGAAAACCAUCGCAUCUAAUAGAGAAUGUCUCAUUUGCACCCCCGGUGGUAGAUGGGUUGUACUUGUAUAGCGCUUUUCUACCUUCAAGGUACUCAAAGCGCUUUGACACUAUUUCCACAUUCACACACACUGAUGGCGGCCCUAACCACGACCCAUCAGGAGCAAGGGUGCAGUGUCUUGCUCAAGGACACAACGGACGUGACGAGGUUGGUAGAAGGUGGGGAUCGAACCGGGAACCCUCAGGUUGCUGGCACGGCCACUCUCCCAGCCAGUGCCACGCCGUGGUGAAAUCUGUCAAAGUUAGGGUGGUCCCAAAAAAGGAGGGAUUUUUCCAAUUGACUGUGUCGGUUUUAAAAGUUCUCCCCCUCUGGUCAACAUAUGAAAUAACAAGUGUGUGUAAAAAUUUGAAGUGCUUCCCCCUCUGGCCAACAUAUAAUAACACGUGUGUGUGUGUGUGUGUAAGAAAUUGAAAUGCGCCCCCUUUGGCCAAAACUAAUUGAAAAAUUAAAAUAAAUGUGUAUAUAGAGACAUACUGUAAUAAGUAGAGAUGUCCGAUAAAGUAUUUUUUGCCGAUAUCCGAUAUUGUCCAACUCUUAAUUACCGAUUCCGAUAUCAACCGAUACCGAUAUAUACAGUUGUGGAAUGAACACAUUAUUAUGCCUAAUUUUGUUGUGAUGCCCCCGCUGGAUGCAUUAAACAAUGUAACAAGGUUUUACAAAAUAAAUCAACUCAAGUUAUGGGAAAAAAAUGCCAACAUGGCACUGCCAUAUUUAUUAUUGAAGUCACAAAGUGCAUCAUUUUUUUUGAACAUGCCUCAAAACAGCAGCUUGGAAUUUGGGACAUGUUCUCCCUGAGACCCACUACAACUAUGGGAAGUACUAUACUUUGACUUU